AUGGAUAUAUGGGACUAUCCACGAGGAUCUCCUCCUCACUAUACUCGAACCAGACUCCACGGCCCAACAAGCGGGGAACGUCUGCGCGACAUAUUCCAGGAUAACAAACAUUCGCGUGCUGUGUACCUCGAAAAUCAAUUCUCCAACACCCACCUUGAAAAUUUCAAAGAUAUUUCAGCCUACUGUCAACGGUUGAAGAUGCUCUCGGACCAGCUCGCCGGCGUCGGGUCUCCGGUGUCCGACCAACGCCUGGUACUACAACUUGUCGCUGGCCUCACCGAUGCAUAUGACAACGUUGCAUCGCUUAUCCAACAACGGGAUCCUCUGCCGCCCUUCUACACCGCCCGCUCCAUGCUCACACUCGAAGAAUCCCGUAAGUCACAGCAGCUUGGUUCAUCCUCUAAUGCUCUUCUAGCCUCCACCGACUCCCUCCUUGGCGAGUCACAUGAUGAUUCAGCGGGAAAAUCCUCUCCUCCACCGCGGCACAGCCAACCGCCGUCUUCUCGCGGUCGUGGCCGUGUGCCGUAG